UUGUUUCACAAUUAUAUCGAAAAUACAGUUAUAUGAACGGAAAUAACAACAAUGAUCGUCAAUCAGAACUCGAAAGUGAAAGAAUUUGAGUGUCGCGUGUAGGGGAUUCCCCCAACGUGUGUUGAUGUUUUCGCUUUUGGUCGAUUGAAGCAGUCAACUAUCACAAGCUUGCAAGAACAUAUACCACUUCAUUUCAACAUGCAGCAGGAAGAAAACAACGGUUUUGGACCGUUUUACAGACAAAGAGGAUCAGGGGCGAUAUGGGUCGCGAUUACAAUCCUUGUGGUCUUCGUUGUAGUCACAUUCUUCGCGGAAAGGCCACUACAACACAAUGUUUUGGCGUUUUACUUCUUCGCUAUUAGUUUAUCUCUACUUGCCUAUAUGGUCGGAGAAAUGGCUCGAAGGCUUUGCUUGUUUGGUGAAGAAGCUCGCCAUUGUCGUUCACGCUACGAAGGAAGCAUGAAGAAGGCUUUAAAGGCGGCGUUUGACUUCCAGAACAGUGAAGUCAUUGCUCUAUUCGCAAUUAUGAUCGGCUUAGGCACCUAUGCUUCCUUCUACGACAUGUGGUAUUCAUACAAGACCGAGUUUACGCGAUUAUUCUUCUUGAACGCCAUUUUUAUUCCCUUGUUUGUGUUCUUGUUCGGUUUACGUAAGCUUUCACGCGUGGAGUACUCUCAAGUCAACGAAAAAGAAAACAAAAACCUGGCCGAUGGUUUAGCUUGGGGUUAUUACUUUGGAUACCUGAAGUUUGUUUUGCCUGCGUUGGAGAACCAAAUCAAUCUAACUGAGAAAUACCGCUAUGAAAUCAAAGUCCAUAAAGUGUUUAUUAUCAUCCCUAAAAACUGUUUGAUUUUAAACGAAAUUUCAAACAAGCAGUCAGAUCCAAAAGGACUGGUCAAGAUUGCUGUGAAUCUUCAGCCUCUAGAGAUGAAACGCGGAGGCAUCGAAUACCGCACGUACAAACAUACAGUACAUAGCAUUAAAGACGAAGACACUGACGAGACUUACUAUUGUAUCAUGGAGUACGCCACACCCGUGAUGAGCCUGUAUCAGAUGUCUGACGAUCCUAGAGCUGCACUGUCCAGGGAGGAGAGGGACAACCAAGUGAAUCUCUUCAUUGCAAAGCUGAGGGAAAUCCUCGACAAUGAUCCGGAGUGUAAAGACAAGUACAAGCUUGUUACUUUUGGCGGAGAAAACCAAGACAUCGGCAAGAUUAUGAUAAGAGCCAUGAAAGAGUGCACUCUUGACUUUGGCGAGAAAGAUUGAAAAAGCGAAACUCGCGUCAAAAUAUAGAUAUGAAUUAUUACGUCUAAUUAAAGAGAAUAAAGAGUUGUUUAAAUUCUUCA